UCUCCUGGAAGAACUUGAAUUUUCUUUUUUGAAGACAGAUUUGGCAGAUCAAGGAAAGGAAAAGAGAAGGAGCGAAAAAUAGACCCCUAUCCAUUAUCUCUCAUUAUUCUCUGUAUAAUGGAUCUCGCACUCAAACACCGCGAAGAAGCAACCGCCCGAUUAUACGGGGAUCCGCAUAACCCGCUCCUACAUCUAGAGCGCGGUCGCAUUCACGAGCAAUUGGGAUAUCCGGACCUCGCGGCUGCGGAUGCGUAUAGGGCUCUAACUCUAUUUGAGUCCGUGGUUGACCCGGAUGGGUGUGAGUUUUUGGCUAGAAAGAGGAAGGAUGUAACGGAGCAGGAAGAGCAGGAGAAAGAGAAGCGUGAUGAGGGCGAUGGGGAGGAAGAGGAUGAUGAUGAGGAGGAAAACUUUACACCGACAUCCCAAGAAGAAUACGAUUCUUCUAUAGGAGAUGUGUAUGGGCUUCUUGUGAGGAGUCUUGUUCGUUGUGGAUGCCUGCGCGAUGCGUAUGAGUUUUGUCUUCGUGGGAUGAAUCUCCUUGCUGAUGGUGAUGGUGAUUUGGUGAAGAGCGAGGAAAUUGGGCUGAAGGAGGAGAUGGAGAAGAUUAAGAGGAUCUCAGCAAUUCAGGAGCGGAGAAGAAGGAGAGGCAGUAAUUCUGCCGCUGCUGAUGAUGGUGAAGCUGAAAAAGAAGUCCAAUUGAACCCAACAACACUCAACGCUCAAGGAUACGCUCGCAGAGUCCUGUAUCCAUGGAACGAACACGAGCCGGAUCGCAAAGCAGCCGAUACGCUGCAGUUGCUGAAUGAGAGGUUGGGAGAUGUUGCUCCAAAGUGUGAGGUCAGAGCUGUCUCAUUGCCGGCUUUGCAUAAUGACCAUCCUUCCCAUGGGUCCAAGAAGGAUGGACAAGACGAAACCAAAAACGCAAACGAGGAGGUAUCAAUCCAGCUAGGUCUCUUCGCCAAAGAAGACAUCGCACCUGGCGAGAUCAUCCUGCGAGAAACGUCCCUUUUGACAGCAACAAAUCGUCUACACGACGACCUGUGCGACGCUUGCAAUGGUCCUCUGCCUGAACUCUCGUCAGGAAACCCCCCUGUUGCAUGCAUAGAGUGCGACGAUACCAUCUUCUGCAGCCAGGAAUGUCACGAUCGCGCACAGGAGGUAUACCACGCCGCUGUCUGCGGACAGGAAGGACUCGAGUCUAUCGGGAAAGAUAUUCCUGAUCCCAAAGACAAGGCGGAUUACUUAUACCUUUUGCUCCUGGGCCGAGCUAUUGCCAUGGCAGCUACGCAGGAGGUUCAUCCCCUCGAAUUGCCCGAGGUGAAAUACAUCUGGGGAGACUUCCAUGAUCUCCCGUCCUCCUCUACCGUCAUUUCACCAUCAGCAACAUCUACCGAACAGACCCUGCUGCCCUGGGAAUCGGACCCAACUUCCACCCUUCCGUUCUCAUUCCAACUCUCCAUCCUUCAACCGAUGCGCAUCCUUGAAGAAAUGGGUCUCGACCCCUUCGCCACUCUCCCUCUCUACGACACCUGGGUCCUGAAUACGCUCUAUGCCAAAUUCCGCGGCACCGCCUCAGGCCGUCUGUCCACAUGGGACGGUGGCCCCGAAGUCUGCGCCGUGCAUCCGCUCUGGUGUCUCGCCAACCAUUCGUGCGAUCCGAAUGUAAGGUGGGAGUGGGGUGCAGAGAUUACCUUCAUGGCGCGAACGACGGAGGAGAGGGCGAUGUGGAAGGAGAAAGAUGGGCGGGAGAGCAGAAGGAACAGAGGGGGCAUCAAGAAAGAUGAGGAGAUUCUAAAUCAUUAUUGCGAUAUUGGAUUGAGUGUCAAGGAGAGGAGGGAGUGGGCGAGGGGAGCGUUGGGCGGAAUGUGUUUGUGCGAGAGGUGUUUGUGGGAGGCGUCUUUGGAGGAGUGAUGGUUAUCAUGAAGGAAUAGAUGGUUCUCAAAACUCAUAGAGCUCUAGAUCAUGAGUGGCUAGCGGGGAUGUGUCGUGUUUAGAUACCCAGAGUUGUAAAAGUGGAUCUCGU